AUGUUGUCCUCUCAGUACUGGGAGGAAGUGCCAGAGUGCAAGGUGAACUGCCUUGAGCUCCAGUACGUUGAUGUCAGUCUGGUGUCAAAGUUUACCCCAAGGAACCUGAAGGCCCCCACCCUUUCCAAGUUUCUCCCAUAUAACCUCAAGCAUACCUCAUCUCCCACCUUUCUCCUGGAAGAGAUAUUCAGCAUCAAUGAGGACCUGCCAGUUACAAUACAGAGCAAACUCAGUCAUCCUGGAUACACAGGGAUGAAUGCAGACAAAUCUGAGCUAGUAUAUCCAACAGCCAACCUGACCUUUAACCUCCACCUGUCCGAUACAGAGAGAGAGGCCAAAGAAAAACUGCCGCUUCCAUUCGACUUCAGGGAAGAGAAGAAGUCAGCACUUCUGCACCUGGGCCUCAGUUCAGGACGGAUCCUGUAUGAGCCUGAUGCCAAUGAUGAUUAUGACCCAGAGGACCCUGAUGAUGAUCUUGAUUUCUAGAGGACAGGCUACUAUCCAUGAAAAGCAGUGUCCUAAGCCCUUACAGUUAAUGCCACAUCGGACUUUUACAUGCUGGAAACCAAAAUAAUAGCCUGGGUCCCUGCCUGGUAUUUAUUUUACUUUCUCAGAGGAGAUUUAAAUUCAAGUCUAACAGAAUACCAGGUUUACCGAAUGCCAGUUUUUGCAGUGGAGGAAUGUGGUUAAGGUGGAGUCCGUGUAAGUAGACAAGAGAGAUACUGCUUGUUACAGCAAUCAAUUCAGGAAUAUUUCAGCAGAAGACUGAAUGAUGCAGAGAACAGAUGCCUACAGUACAUCUAUGACAGGUAUCUGUUUAAAUCUAGCUUCAAAUAAAGGGUACUGUUUUCAGGUUGUCUGUUAUGUAUUUUUUUUAUACUAGCACAUUUGUAAUACCUCAAACUGACACCUUUUUGUACAGUAUGCUUGCACUUCUGUAGUUUCUACCGCUAACCACUGGAGUGUGAGCUUGAGUCUAGUGACCACUAGUGUUUAGAGCCAGACCCAACUCACCGUAAUAGAAGCCACAUGAAAUCACAGACUUGUAAAUAAACCUACAAUUGUUUCUUGUAGAGUCUUGCCAAUUUUAUGCCAGAAAGGAGCAACUGAAUUCCCUAAACAGGGAAACACUUACUGCACCUGUACAUAGCCCACCUAUAAUUUAGCCACAAACAACUACUUCUUUCCCUACUGUUAUUUAUUUAUUUUGCUCCUUUACACCCCAUUAUUUUUAUUUCUACU